CAACAUCAUUUCGAGUUGCUGACUUUCUUAUAGCUAGCUAGCGUUUUACCUUUUAGUUGACAUUUCCCCCUCCUGUAAAUUAGCUAACCAAAAUUGGGUUAGAAAUUUAAGAGAAUUAACGUUGUACUGUCGACGAAAACGACCAAGGAGUUCAGUUUAAGGCAUCAUGACAAGCCAGCGCCCUCCCUCCAGCAUGGGCCGCCCAGUUAGUCGCAGUGGAUCUGUGGUCCCUGUUGCUGGAAGACCCCCAACGGCCAUCCGACCUCCUCCUACAGCUUUACGUGUUGCAACUGGGAUGGUUCCAGGUACAAGUGGUCAUCCUGGAAUGAGGGGCGGCAUCCCCAUCGCCACCCCUGGAGUCCUGUCAGCACAGAUCAAAGUGACUGAAAGGCCUGUGACCCAACAGGGGCUCAGUGGGAUGAAGACUGGGAUGAAAGGACCUCAGAGACAGAUUCUGGAUAAGUCCUACUACUUGGGCCUUCUUAGGAGUAAGAUCAACGAGUUAACCACAGAGACCAGCAAACUACACAAAGAGAUUGACAACUACAACCAGGAGAACUCAGUUUAUCUUUCCUAUGAGAAGAGAGCCGAAGGCCUGGCUGUAGAGAUUAAGGAUCUACAAGGCCAGCUUGCUGACUACAACAUGCUGGUGGACAAGCUCAACACCAACACAGAGAUGGAGGAAAUGAUCAGCGACUACAACACUUUGAAAGCCCAGAAUGACAGAGAGGCCGAAAGCAUUGAUAGCAUCUUCACUGAGAGGCGAGAGAGAGAGGAGUCAAUCAGGGCGAUCGAAGAAGAGAUCAGGAGAGAAAGGCGGGUUGCUGACGAGGUUGUCCAGGCAAUGCCGGCUACAAAGCAAGAGAAGUAUUUCACCAUGACAGCAACAAAUGAAGAACUGCUGGAGGAGCUAACUGUUCUCCAGGAGGAGCUGGACAUCCUGAUAACCAGGAAGGAGGACUAUGAAGUAGAGCUGGCCCACUCUCACAUAAAGCAGGAAGUGGUUCGGCUUCAUGAGACUCUGUCAGCGCUGGAGGUGAAACGUGACACCAUGGAGGCUGAGCACAAAAGCCAGGGCUCCCCACAGGAGGAAAGGGAGAAAUUAUUUAAACAGGUGAAGGAGGAUAACCAGGAAAUUGCCAGCAUGGAGAGACAGCUUACAGAGAUCAGGGAUAGGACCGUACAAAUCUCAGAGGAGAUACGGCAGCUGGAGCAGGACUCAGAGGACGCACAGGGAGAGUGUCAGCAGAAAUACAAAGAACUGAAGAAGAAAGAGGAGGAAAUUGACCGGUACCUGGAGUCAUUUGAGGAGUCCAGGCCUCAGGAGCAAGAGAAGAUAUCACAGAGCCAGGAGAACAUCGUCUCCCUCCUGGAACACUGCAGCAGGCACAUGCUGCGGCUACGUCAGGUGGAUACAGUGACAGCCAGUGAACUGAGGAACAUCCAGGAAGUGCUGGUCAGCAAGGAGACGGAGAUGGUCCAAUCAGAGAGCACUGCCAGAGGGCUGACAACUGAGUCCCAGCGUCUGCAGCAGGACCUGGAGAAGGUGCAGCAGCUGGAGGGUAAAAUCACAGGUGAGCUCAGCACCCUGAAGGAGCGUGUCAGCACCAUGGAGUCUGAGCUGCACACCUACCGAGACCUGGACACUGUGAGGCACACAGCGGACGAGAAGAAAAAGAGACUACAGCAGGACCGAGUAUUGCUGACUCAGCGUCUGGAUUCAUUCAGACAGCUGUUGAAGGAACUGAACCAGAAUUAUGAAGCUCUGAAGACCAAACUGCAAGAAAACGAGACUCACGCUCAGCUGGCUAACCUUGAGAGGAAAUGGCAACACUUGGAGCAGAACAACUUUGUAAUGAAAGAGUUCAUCGCCUCGAAAACUCAGGAGAGUGACUACGACUCAGUGGCCAAGAGCGUCCUCCAACAAGUGUCAGAGUACAAUAAGAGUCUUAUAGACUUGCAGAACAACAGGGGUUAAACAUGCAUCAACACACACACACACACACACAUACACAUACAAAACAUGAUAUAUUUAAGACAUCUGCAGACUGACAACACAAGUGUUACUACUUGGUUAUCACCACAAAUUUCAGUUAAUGUUGUGAUAAAGUGAUUAGCACAUGGAACAUUGAUGAUUAGAUAUUGGUAUAAUUACAGUUGUCUCUUGACAAAGCAUUGAUGCUGAACAAUAUGCCACUUGUCUACUUGCUUUUAGUAGCACUCUGUACAAAAAGACACAUUUUGCAGUUAUUUGUCUUAAAAACACAAGACAUGAAACUGAAGUGAAAUUGUUUUCGUUCAUAUUCCAUUAGGCCUUACUCUUAAAAAACAUUGUGUGUUUUAUCAGUUAAAUACAAAGUUUUUCAGUUUGUGAUGAAAGUGGAUCUGUUUCAUCAAUUAACCUGUUCCUGCUUACUGUCCUUGAAAAUUACAAAUUUUGAAUAAAGAGACAAAUGUAGGUGCUAAA